AGAUCUCACAGUUCCAGUCAGUUUCCACUCACUGAGUCAUUUGACUUACUUAACAAGACCUCCCCCUUCACUUCACUCUACUACAGGGAGAUACAACAAUGGUGUUGAGUACAACAGGAAGUGUGUUGGUGUCUUUCCUCUGGUCUUUGACAGUGGUACUGGGUCAGGGUGACUGGGGUGUGACCUACUCCACUCAGAGUAUCUGUGUCUUGAAGGGGUCAACAGUGGAGCUGAGCUGCACCUACAAGUAUCCAAGUGGUUAUAAUGUCACAUCAACCUUCUGGUUCACUAAAGAAAUCUCUACUGAGAAUUAUGUGAAUCUGAGUGAUGAUCCAGACUACAGAGGUCAUGUGACGUACCAUAGUGAUGAGGAGAACAGACACACCCUGAUGAUCACAGACCUGAGAGAGACUGACUCAGCUGAGUACAAGUUCAGAUUUAUUACAGAUCAGCCUGGAGGAAAAAGGAUUGGCCAACCUGGAGUCACUCUGUCUGUCACAGGUCUUCAGGUGGAGGUGACUGGUGGAAAAAUGAAGACACUGACCUGUAACACAUCCUGUCCUCUGACUGGUAACCCCACCUACAUCUGGUACAAGAACGGACAACAGAUAGAUGAGAGCUCCUCCCACCAGUACAAAGACCUUGUCAAGAGUUACUAUAGAGCCAGUUACUCCUGUUCUGUUAAAGGUCAUGAGCAUCUCCACUCUCCUACAGUGUGUAUUGAGAAUAUGACCUGUAGAACAGUGAAUUACACCCAGAGGAGAAUCUGUGUCUUGAAGGGGUCAUCAGUGGACAUAUCCUGUACUUUUGCUGGUUAUAGUGAAGUCACAUCAUCACUGUGGUUUAGCCCUAAACAGAGUGGUAGGUGGAGGGAUAAGUUGAUCCCUGAGGACCUAACCACAGACCCAGGGUAUGCAGGUCGGGUGGAGAUUCAGAACUGUAGUGGACAAUCCAUCCUGAGAAUCACAGGUCUGAAAGAAGAGGACUCAGCUGAGUAUCGCUUCACUUUUAAAACAAAAUACAACUUUCAAUGGGGUCAUGAUUUCCCUGGAACAACUCUGACUUUUCCAGAAGUACAGGUGAAUGUGACUCCUGCUACAGUGACUGAGGGACAGAAUGUAACACUGACCUGUAUCACAUCCUGUCCUCUGACUGGUAACACCACCUACAUCUGGUACAAGAAGACUGAAACCUCACCAAAAGCAUCAGGACAGAGUUACAGCAUCACUAACGUCACAUCUGAGGACUGGAGAGAAUAUUACUGUGAGGUCAGGAAUGGAAGAGGAUCAAUGUACUCUUCAACUCUGAUGGUCACUGUUGCAGGGAAACAGACAUCAGUUCUGACUGCAUGUGUAGGAAUCACAGUGGUUGUUCUGGUUCUCAUCCUCUGUCUUUCAGGAUUAAUCUGGUUCAGGAAGAGUGGCUGUAAUUCUCCUAAUAAAGCAGAUGGACAGGUGAGUCUGUUGGAUUCAGAAGAUUACUGUGAUUUAUUAAUAUGUCCUCAUGUUGUCCUCUCCUCCCAUCAGAAAGACUCCAGUCCUAUGUAUGAGAACAUAUCUGACAUGGUCAUGACCUCUACUGCAGAACAGACAUCAGACACAGACAACCAGGAUGACCUUCACUAUGACAGCAUCCACUACUCUUCCUCCAAGGAACAGGAAGAACAUUUGUACUCAACCAUCAAAUAGUCUCAACACUAGUCCAGUAUGCUGCUGUGAAUUUCAACUGUCUCAGUGCUGCCAUCUGACCGACGACACACAGCUGAAGUGGAUCCCUCCAGAAUUUACAGCUCAGUUAACAAACCCAGAAUCAACAAGAAGUGAACACAACAAGACCUGAGGGGUUCUGUUAAGUGCAGCUCAUCCACCAAUCAGAUUCUAUUCUAUCACCAGGGUCUGUUCCUUUACAGAACAUCCAGUUCACAUGAAUGUAUUGUGGUCCUAGCAACGCUUUUGUUUACCAGCAUAACCCACCACAGCACUUUCUUGAAUCACUAAUUUUAGUUAUUUUCCUACAGUUUGACAUAAUUACAUUUGUACAAUAGGCCCAUCGUAUGGGCAAAACAGGAAUGGUGCUUUAUUGAAUUGAUAAAGAGCUUUCUAUCACAUUCUAGUUGUGGUUGUAACUGAAUGGAAGCAAAAUGAUCCUGGCAGAACAUAAAAACUAAAUAUUAGAACAUCAUAUAAAUCUACAUUAUCUUGUCAGUGUAACAGUACUUUGUCCCAAACUACUACAGAAUUGUGCUCUAUCUUUUAACUCCAUCAUGUCCAUCAUGAUUUCUGUCUUUGGAAUAAGGACCUCUUUAAAUGCUACUUGUGUAAGUUGUCAGAUGAACCAUUUGUCAGAUCUGCUGUUCCAAGCUUAAUGAUCUAAACCUGCUGUUCUGGAAAAAAACAACUCUGAGAAUCUCCUCUGGUUACGAGAAGCCAGAUAGGGAACUUGGGAUUUGUUAAACCAUUAUUCUAGAACACUCUCCUGAACAUGACCUAAACUGAACCCAAGUGUUCAAUUGAAUUAACAUACGAAAAGUUGAGUUAAAAUGUUAUGAAAAAGCAAUGCUGUACAUAUUUAUGUUCUGUUUUAAUUAUAUUGUGGGAACAAAAGUCAAAUCUGUGCUGACAAAUGUUGCAAAGUGCAGUGGAUAAAAAUCUAUGUCCUACCUUAACAUAUAGAUUAGGACACUGUUGAAGACCCAGUAUAACAGUAUAAUAAUGUCCUAGAUAAUGUAUAUAAUCCAUAGAUUAGGACACAAUUGGAGACCCAUUAUAAAAUUAUAAUAAUGUCCUAGAUAAUGCAUAUAAUGUAUAGAUUAGGACACUGUUGGAAACCCAGUAUAGUGGUAUAAUAAUGUACUAGAUAAUGUAUAAAAUCUAUAGAUUACUACACUGUUGUAGAUGCAGUAUAACAGUAUAAUGAUAGUGUCAUAUUACGAACCAGAUGAAUGAGGAUGUAAUAAGAAGUGAAUGCAGUAAUGUUGAAAUACCAGUAGGGAGCGCUCUAGUCAAGAACCUUUGAUACUUCAGCAGCACUUUCAAGACGCCACUAAAUGGAACAGGCUGAUAGAAUAGAACUAAUGACAUCAUGGAUCUGACCAAAUGUAAAUUAAACUUUGACCUGUUCAAUGAAGAACUCAUUGUGCAAAGAAAAACCUUCAGAGAUAUUGUACAAAUUCCAAACAGUUUCAGGAAAUAUAUUUGAGAAUUUUUUGUAAGUUUACAAAGUGUA